GGCAGUAGCGCGCGAUUCGCCGCGGCCGGCCGCCGUACGCCGCACGCGCGCAACGAACGAACGACCCGCUAACCCGCGACGAAUACAUUGCGAUAAACCGCGGUUAAAACGAUACCGAUCCGCCCCUUAACUCGAAAUAUUCAAACAACAUCGAUCGGCUUAAAAAUAUCUAUAUUUUGCGAGGGCGGAUUUUAACGAACAAAUCGACUAACUAAUUCGAACUGUAGGAAGGUGUCGUGUCGCAAAAAGCGCAACACAAUAGAGUAAGCGUCUAAUAAUAAACGUGGUUGAGUUAGCACUUGGUACCGACAGCGACCGUCACCAUGCAGAACAUUGAUCCGCUGGAGUUCGCCAAUAUGCUCGCCACCGAGCUAUGGUGCCAACAGUUGGCAAACCUCGAAGGCCUCCAGUCGGGGGUCCCAACUCGCACGACGGCGACCAUCACUCCAACCCAGUUGCGUAACUUCGAGCAGACUUACAUCGAGUUGAACAACUGCCACAGCGACCAGGCGAACCACGCAGGAUUUGUACCACCAUCAGUCACGCAGUCCAAUUACGGCAUACUGAAUCCGGUGGGCUACUGCGAUUCGGGUCCGACGACACUCCAUGUGUCGCCGGGCCCGUUCUCAGCAAGCGGAGACAGUAGCUGUAGCCCUGGCCCGCCAGCACCAAAACGUCGCAAUAUGGGCGGCAGAAGACCGACAAAAGCACCACAAGACAUUUCACCAGAAGAAGAAGAACGCAGAAAGAUCCGCCGCGAACGAAACAAAAUGGCCGCCGCUCGGUGCAGAAAGCGAAGACUCGAUCACACGAACGAGCUUCAGGAGGAGACGGAGAGGCUGGAAGAGAAGCAACAGCUGCUGCAGGACGAGAUAAGGAAACUGAAUCAAGAUAGAGACCAACUGCAGGCCAUAUUACACAACCAUCUACCGCUCUGUCGGUUGAGCAAGCGAUCUGCGAGUCCAGACGACGUGAAGCCCUUUCAGGACACGUACGCGAUAGACCUGCCUGAUGACGGUGUGAGGGUAAAGGUGGAAGUAGUGGACCCGGUUCUCGGACUAGAUAGCGAUAUCUUUACCUCGCCGGAACAAGACAGAAGAAUAAUGUUGUCGGCGGCGAACCUGGCGGUCGUGACGAGUGCGUCGAUGACGUCACUGGACACGCCCCCCGCACAGACCGCCCACCCCUCAGUACCCAACCGACCUAACCGACCGAACUUCUUACAAGUGCCGCUCACGUUAACACCCGCACAGAUCCACAACAACAAAGCACUCGGCAAGCAGAUCGUGGGCGUUGAGAUCAGCACGCCGAGCAACGGCAUUCCGUUCAACUUCGACAGUCUCAUGGAGGGCGGCACGGGGCUCACCCCCGUGCACCCGCACCCGCACCCGUGCGCACACCCGCACCCGCACCCGCACCCGUGCGCGCAGCAACAGAGGGCCGCGCCAGACCUCGCCUCGCCCGACGCGCACGGCAGCCUCGUCUCCCUCUGAGCUCAGCUUGACGCCGCCUUUGUUCAACUCCUAGCUGAACUGUAGGUGGCGUUGCCAUCGUUAAAGUAUUCAAAUUAAGAACACGAUUGAUCCAUUACAUUGAAAUGGUUUCACUGCUGUCCUGUAGGUGGCGCUGUAAUGCAAAUAAAGUUGAUAAGCAAUUUGUCUAUGAUAAAGCCAGGGUGGCCUCGCCCAGUUACAGGCGAAGUAGAUGUACAAUAUCUACAAAGAGAACACAAUUUAUAAAAAAAAAAAUGUAUUUAUUGUCUAUGGAUUAGUCUGAGAUGCCCGUCGACUUUCUUGUGGUACAUUCAAAGUAACCUAAGUGCAGUUAAACUCGCUUCUCGCUAUCUUAUAGUACAUAUAUUUAUUUUCUAUUUUCAUAACCCUCUAAUGUACAUUGUAUUUAUGUAUUUUGUCUAUUCUUUUCUGUAACCUUUCUUGUCUAUCUAAUUAUUUCUUCACCUACAGUGUCGCCUACUCGUAGCCGUCUAGAUUCUAGAAUAUCAUUAAAAUUAAGAACACUCGAGUGUAGAUUUGUCAAUGCCUCGUUUUACCGAAACCUGUAACUAAUUAUUUAAUAUACAUAAUAUACUUCAUGUAUCUAGCUCUAACUAGCUCCAACAAUUUUGAGGUUGUUGUACGCAAAGAAACAAUUUAGCAAUUUCGUAAUGGUUGUUUUGUAAACUUGAUCCACUUUUUAAAUAAUAGUAUUUUCUUCAAGACAUGAAAGAUUAAGCAUUUUGAAUAAACUUAAAUCUAUCUAAAGAUAUGUAGUUAUUAUUUCGUUUGACGUGCAAUAUUACGUCGCUUUUCCCGUAGUAUUUAUUACGACAUUGUUCUUAUUAAUACAGUGUGUAGGCGGCUUACUGUGCCUUCAGCAUCGCGUCUAACGUGAACACACGAACCUAGUUCGUCUUUCAAAUUAACUAUUGUGUUGUUCGUUACGGAAUGUGUUGGUGCCUUUACGUGUCGACCAAUCAAAUGCCGUAUUUCAAAUAGGCUCAUGUGAUUGGUCAACACAACUUCUAUGAUACACACGUCCUAAUUGAGACUAUCGUUGCAAUGGCGGCCUAAUCCACAAUUUUGUUGUGUUUGAGUUUAAAUUGAAUAAGAAAUUAUUUUUUUAAAAACAAAUUUGUCAAUAAUAGUUCGAAGUUAUAAAUUUGUAAUUGCUCGGGUUAAGCCACAUUUGCUUCGAUAUGAGCUCGCGGAAAUCCGUCUAUAUUUAAUUUAUAUUUAAAAUCGGGGGUUUGGAACACUUGCUCACUAUAUUCUUCGUAUCUAGUUAAGAUGUCGUCUACGUUGUCAAUUCGAAGAGCUGUAUAGCGUACUCAAAAUAUUUUUAUACACGUAUAUCUGUGUUAUUGUGAUGUUGAAUAAAACAGAGUUUUAUUUGAGCAUUUCGUGUUGUGGUUUAUCUAGCGAGGCUAGAAUAGUUUACGUAGCGGCCGGCACGUCUGUAAAGGGCCUUGUCAAUCUUGUCAUAAUAAUACUGUGCCAUUCACAAUCUACCCUCAGAAAUACAAUAAAAAUUUAGUUAACCAUAGUCUAACAGCAAUAUUACUUAAAAUAAUUUUAAUUAUAUAUAAAUCUAGCUCAAUGUUUAAUACCGUUCCAAUGGAUUAGGUACUGGUAGAGUAAAAAUUUUUAUUGUAAGGUGUAAAUGUGAUAUGUCCAGUGAGCAGGCUCCCUAAGGAGUCAUAUCGAGUUAUGUUGCAUUCAUGCCUUUUGUUUAAAAAUAUUAAUAUAUUUUAUAUUCACUAUGUAUACAUAGACAAUAGAGGGAUGUAUAGAUAUUAUUUUAAUUUAUUUAUGGCAUGAGUGAUAUAUUAAACGGAAACCAUAUAGAGUUAACGCAAUAAAUAGGCUUAAGUGCACUUAACAGUUAUAACUAUUUACGCAUAAAUUAGACCAAAUUAUUUUAUGUGCUUUAUGAUAUAGAUUUAAUUAAAGUGUAAGCCAAAUAUUGAUUUUAUUUUAAUUUUUAGGCUAGGUAUUGACCGCUGUUCCGAAAAGUAUUAAUAUUGGUUAAGACGCGGAUUAUUGCGGAGUAUUUAUUUGAAUUUGUCGACUCACAACGAAUUAUUAAGAGUGCCUUUUACAGUCAGUGCUUUAGGGUGAAAAUAGUAAAUGCCUGACGCAUUUAGUAUUUUAUUUUUAUUUUACAAUGUGCCUGUUGUGAGCCGACGAAGAGUAUGAAACCAAUUGUGCGAUUAAUAUUUAGACAUUUUAUAAUAAAACAUUUAAAACAUUUUGCAUAAUAUGAACAUAUAGGUUAUUAUUGUAUAUUUAGACGUUUUUGUAACGCCUUUCUAGAUACUUUUGUAUUUUUUCAUGUAAAUUAAGGAAAUGUUAGCAAAGCAAUAUAAUUGAUAAAUUGAUACUACCAACACAAUAUGUAGUGACAGUAUUUGUAGUUCUGAAUCAGAAAUAUACACAUGUUUACGUACACCUGA